AUGAGUAAAAAUAAUAACAAUAAUGCUCUGAGAUCACAAACUCCAUUUAUGAGUGAAAAUCAUCCACUAAAUCCUUAUGGUAAUAACUUUAUUGACCACCCCUAUGAAUCAAAAAUAUUUUAUAAAUUUAAUUCUGUCAAACAAUAUGUUCAUUUGGAAGAGGAGGAUUAAUUUAGAAUUUCUAAAUAUUCAGCCUAUUUUGCUUUUGGUCUAGGAGGGACAUUAUUAGGGACUAUUGGAGUUUUUUAAUUACUUUUAAAAUAUGUUUUUAAACCUUCAUAUACUAAUACUUUUGAACAUCUCAAUUAAUAUAAGCAUUUAUAUCUAGGAUUAUUUGUUGCUUCAAGUGUUACAUUUAUGUAUACUUAUUUAACAACUUUGUACAUUAAUAAUGUAUCAAGACCCUUACUCUAUAAAUAUUUAGAUGAAGCAAAAAAAAAUGGGUUCUAAGAUUAUGAAAUUAGUUUCAAAUAAUAAUGA